AUUUAUCUCACCCUCCUUCCUAUCCCAAGACAACCCAACCCAACCCAGCACCCAGCACCCAGCACCCAGCACCUAAUAAACAACACCAAACCAAGCAAAAUACAUAAAUAAACUCGCCCAAAAUGUCCCCAACCCUAACGACCCACCUCCUAACCCUCGACCCCCCGGCUCUCCAAACCUCCACCACGCACCCCUUCCUGCACGCCGCAGGAAGCGGCACUCUCCCACGCCACACACUCUCGCGCUGGCUCUCGCAGGACCGGCUCUACGCGCAGGCCUACGUGCGAUUCAUCGGGUUGCUGAUUUCGAAGAUUCGGUUGCCGGAUGUGUAUCCUACCAGUACCAGUACCAGUACCAGUCCAAGUGAUAGUGGUGGCAGCAGUAGUAAUCCCACCCUCGAACAACGCACCCUCCACCUCCUCAGCGCCAGCCUCACCAACAUCGUGCGCGAAAUGCAGCUCUUCGACGUCCUGGCGCGGAAGUACGAUCUCGACUUAAAUGUUCCGCCGACGGGGGAACGCGUCCCGGGGCCGGGGGUCGUGACGCAUGCGUAUGGCGAUUUGUUUGCGUCGGCGGGGGGGACGGGGAUGGGCUUGUUGGAGGGGUUGGUGGUGCUGUGGGCGACGGAGUACUGUUAUCUGUCUUCUUGGGGGUAUGCGAGGGGGGUGAUGGAUGGGUCUGCUUCUGAUUCUGCUUCUGCUUCUGCUUCUGUUUCUGCUUCUCAUGGUGGUGGUGGUAGUGCUGGUGAUGGUAGUGCUGGUGCUCCUGAUUACGACAAUGACUUAGACGGCGGCGCGCUCAGGAAAGAACUCAUCCCGAACUGGACGAGCGAGGCGUUCGGGACGUUUGUCGGGGAUAUAGCGGGGGUGGUGGAUGAGGUUGCUGCGAUCGAGAUUGGGGAUGUCGAGUCGGACAGGAUGAGUGGGGCUGGGGAGGCGUUGCUGGGGAGGUGCGAGAGGUGGUGGAGGCAGGUGGUUUGGUUGGAGGGGGGGUUUUGGCCGGAUGUUUAG